UAUAAGGGUGUGCUACUUUUGGGGAGCAGAUACAAAGGGGCCCUAUUCUCCUCUCUAUUUCCCAUUCCCUCCUCCACCAAUGACCAAACUUAAUACUUAAUGCCAAUGGAGCCAUCCAUCUCCAUCCCAUCCACUUUCCUAAACCCUAACUAAUCUCAUCCUCCAUUUACACCCUUUCAUACCCAAAUUCAAUUCUCCUCACAUCAAACUUUUAAUCUUCUUUUUUUUUUCUACUCUCCAACUUUUAAUCUUCUUUUUCUUUUAUUUUCUUUUAUUUUCUUUUAUUUAUAAAACCAAAAAAAGAAUCACACACACACACUCUCUCUCUCUCUUAUUAGUUAUUACUUUUUUUUUUUUAUUUACUUAUAUUUUCUGGAAUUUGGGACUCUCCAAACUUUCAAUUUCAGAGAAUGAGAAUGUUAUCACUAUCCACCAUCACCAUGGUUUCAUAUUUUCUUCUUCAACCUUUAAUUGCAGAAAUAAGUGACUUUUUCCCUUUGACAAAGUGAUUCUCAUCUUCUGCAUAUUAAUCUCCAUAGGGAUGAUGCCAAAUCUCUCUGCUACUGCUAGGGCAUGAAAACCCUUCACUCCCACUCCUCCAUCACUGCUGCUGAUCGUCAUUGGAGAGCUGAAAGAUGGACAGGACAAGACUGGAUUUAACUUUUCAUCAUUCAGUAUCAACACAAUCGGAGGAAUCUGCCUUGGACUUGGAAAGGAACUAUUGCAGUCAUCUUCAUUUGCCUUCAUCAAGUCCAUCACCCAGCCAAUGUUUUGCUCCGGGUAGUCAGCUGUCUGAGACCAAUGCUGCUUAUUUUUCAUGGCCCACUUCCAGCCGUUUAAACGACGCUGCAGAAGAUAGAGCAAACUAUUUUGGGAACCUUCAGAAAGGGGUACUUCCUGAAAUUCUGGGCCGGCUGCCCACUGGGCAGCGAGCUACUACUUUGCUUGAGCUAAUGACCAUAAGGGCAUUCCAUAGCAAGAUCUUGCGUCGUUUUAGCCUUGGAACUGCAAUAGGAUUCCGAAUCCAGAAGGGUAUGUUGACAGAUAUCCCUGCUAUUAUUGUCUUUGUUGCACGCAAAGUUCACAGGCAGUGGCUCAGUGAUGUUCAAUGUCUACCUGCUGCACUUGAGGGACCUGGAGGUAUAUGGUGCGAUGUUGACGUUGUUGAAUUCUCGUAUUAUGGUGCUCCAGCAGCUACACCUAAAGAAGAAGUAUACACAGAGCUUGUUGAUGGCCUGAGGGGAAGCGAUCCAACAAUUGGUUCUGGUUCCCAGGUUGCUAGCCAAGAAACUUAUGGGACUUUGGGUGCAAUUGUAAAAAGCCGGACAGGAACCCGGCAAGUUGGUUUCCUUACAAACCGGCAUGUUGCAGUUGAUUUAGACUACCCUAGUCAGAAAAUGUUUCAUCCCUUGCCUCCCAGCCUUGGACCUGGUGUAUACCUGGGUGCUGUGGAGAGAGCAACGUCUUUUAUCACAGAUGAUGUCUGGUAUGGCAUCUUUGCUGGAACAAAUCCAGAAACAUUUGUGCGAGCUGAUGGAGCAUUCAUUCCAUUUGCUGAAGAUUUUAACAUGAAUAACGUCGUUACAUUUGUAAAAGGGGUUGGUGAGGUUGGUGAUGUCAACAAAAUAGACCUGCAAUCCCCAAUCAACAGCCUUAUUGGACGAAAGGUGAUCAAGGUUGGAAGAAGUUCAGGUUUGACCAGAGGGACUAUAAUGGCAUACGCCCUCGAGUAUAACGACGUAAAAGGGAUUUGUUUCUUCACUGACUUUCUUGUUGUUGGAGAUGACCAACAGACAUUUGACCUUGAAGGUGACAGUGGAAGCCUUAUUCUUUUAACUGGUCAGGAUGAGGAAAAGCCACGUCCAGUUGGGAUUAUCUGGGGAGGAACAGCUAAUCGAGGUCGACUGAAAUUGAAAGUUGGUCAGCCACCAGAGAAUUGGACCAGUGGAGUUGAUCUUGGACGCCUUCUUGAUCUCCUUGAGCUCGAUCUUAUUACUACAAAUGAUGGUUUGCAAGCCGAUGAAGUUUUGGUAUUUGAUCAAAUUAUCACAGAAAUAGUUGAGCUGCAGUGCAUGAACAAAGGAAUAAUUCAGUUGGAGGGAUUGAUUCUACUGUUGCGGAGUCCUGUCUUGAUCGGAUACCGUUAAAAUAUAGACUUAAAGAGAACUCUGAGCUACUCGGUUUAAGUGUCCAGCAAAUUUCUCCUGAAGGUGAAUCCUCUCAGGGGAUGAUCUCACCUUUUAAGCAUGCCUUUCAAAUAGAAAAUGGAUUUGAGGUGACUCCAAGCAUCGAACUCCAAUUCAUACCAAGAUUAACCAGCAACUCUCCACUGGAUCAGAAGAACGAACAAAUCCAAGAGUUGAAAAAUCUGUCUGCCCUGAGGAAUGGCUAUGAUAGUGAGGUAUCGGUUUCACUGCAGUUGGGUGAGCAUGAGCCAGAGGCAAAGAGAAGGAAGCACUUGGAUUGUCUUUCAAGUAUCAAAGAGUCAUCUUCAUGAGUGAGAAAUAAGAUUAUAGAUUCAAUUUGGUACUGAAAAUUGAAAUAAGUUGAACUGGUUAUAUCUCCGUAUUGGGUUUGGAUCAUUUUGCCACCUAUUUAGCUGUAAAAAUUGGGACUGCCAUAUUAUAAAGAUUGAAGCCUCAAGAUGAGAGAGUUGCCAUUCUUUUAAAUGUUCUGUGCAGUGAAAGGUUUGAGGUUAGUUUUCAUUUCAUACAACAUAUUAUGGAAGAAGAGUAUCUAUGCCGGUCCACAGCAUCUAACUUCCAAUUUACCUGGACCAACUAGGCUGUUGAAGAUAGCUACUUUCUGGGGGGAGAAAAAGUUCACAUAUAUAUAUAAAGUUAUAUAAAGUUAUCAGAAGCAAAAAUGAAAAAUGUAACAAUAUAUUUGGAACCCAAUAAAAGAGUCCCCUUUCCGAUAAGGUUAAUGUUGCUUCUUCUUCUGAAUUGUUAUUUUAUAGCCAUUCUUUAUAAUGUGUUGGUUUUGUCGUUGAAGGUGUGGUGUAUUGAUGUUCAUUUCAAACCUCUGUCUUAUGUGUUAGAAAAACAUGUGAUUACAGCUAAA